AUGAGAUUCACAGCCCUUUUCUCCGUGGCGGCCGCUGUGGCGUCAGCCCUCGUCUCGGCCGAGAAGUACAUCAUCUUCCUGAAGAAGGGCGCGUCCAUCGACGACUACGUCGCCAAGAUCACGGCCGUCGCGCCCGCCGAGGUCACCACCCGCUUUGACUUCUUCAACGGUCUCGCCGUCGAGACGGAGGAGCACACGCGCGACUCGCUGGCCGCGUUUCCCGAGGUCGAGAGCGUGGAAGUGGACCAGGUCAUCACCAUUGGCGACUGCAACACGGGGCCGUGCUAG